UUGGAAGUUUAAACAGCGGGUACACGGGCAACAACAAGGAUUAACACAUCUUCUCAUCUGAUCUGAUUCUCUUCAGUCAGGAUGGGGUCCGGUGAUGGUGUUCGUGUCCCGGUAGCGCUGCUUUCUGUCGGGUUAUUGUGCGUUCUUGGCGUGUCGUGGCUGUGGAGUUUCUUUGCUCUUCUUGGGCUGUAUUUAUUCUCUGGAGGAUGGAGGUUUCUGUAUAUAGCUGCAUGUACCUUGAAGAGAGAUCUGUUCGGUCUGUACGUGCUGCUGCGCAUGAAAUUCUCUUUGAGCCACCAUAUGCGUGCCCACAGCACCAUCCCAUCUAUAUUCGCCCAGCGGGUGGCGCUACACCCGGACAAGCCGGCUCUGGUGGAGGAGUCCACGGGUGAGGUGUGGAGCUUCUCGGAGCUGGACCGGCAGUCUAACGCUGUGGCCUGGUGGGCUCUUGCGCAGGGAUGGGCGUCAGGCGAUGUGGUGGCCGUCUUCAUGGAGAGUCGACCGUUGGUGGUGGCCCUGUGGCUCGGACUGGCCAAAGUGGGCGUGGAGACGGCCUUCAUUAAUUUCAACCUGCAACGUGAUGCGCUGAUGCACUGUGUGGGCGUGUCGGGAGCCAAGGGGAUGGUGUUUGGGGCGGAGCUUGUGGAUGCCAUGACAGAGGUGAGGGAGUCUCUGAGCCGUCUCUCUCUCUUCUGUUCUGGGACGGUUCCAGCCGGGACAUUAAACUCUCUCUCAGCUCAAAGUCUGGACGCUCUACUCGCUGAAUGUCCUGACGGUCCGCCCGCUAUCACACACAACAAGAGCUUCAACGACAGGUUGUUUUAUAUCUACACCUCUGGAACGACAGGUUUACCUAAAGCUGCCAUAGUGGUUCACAGCAGGUACUACCGCAUUGUUAUGUUUGCGUAUUAUUCGUUUGGACUGCGGCCUGAUGAUGUGCUGUACUGCUGCUUACCUCUCUAUCACUCUGCAGGUAACAUCUUGGGGGUGGGUCAGUGUCUGUUGUUUGGUCUGACGGUGGUGGUCCGCAGGAAGUUUUCUGCCAGCUGUUUCUGGGACGACUGCGUUAGAUACAACUGCACGGUGAUUCAGUAUAUCGGUGAAAUCUGUCGAUAUCUUUUAUCUCAGCCGGUUCGUCCAUCAGAGUCCCGUCACCAGGUGCGUGUUGCCAUGGGCAACGGUCUGCGGCUCAAUGUUUGGGAAGCGUUUACUAAACGUUUCAGCAUCAAACGCAUCGGCGAGUUUUACGGAGCCACGGAGUGCAACUGCGGCCUCGCCAACCUCGACAACAAGGUGGGUGCGUGUGGCUUCAACAGCGUCAUUCUGCCCAACGUUUAUCCCAUCAGACUGCUGAGAGUCAAUGAAGACACCAUGGACUUAAUAAGAGACGCACAAGGACUCUGUGUUCCAUGCAAACCUGGUGAACCGGGGAUUAUUGUUGGGAGAAUCAAUCCUGACGAUCCGUUACGGCGUUUCGACGGUUACGCUAACCAAGAGGCCACCAGUAAAAAGAUCACACAUGAUGUGUUCAGUGAAGGCGACUCUGCUUACGUGUCAGGGGAUCUCAUGGUGAUGGAUGAGUUCGGUUACGUGUAUUUCCGCGACCGGAGCGGAGACACGUUCCGCUGGCGGGGGGAGAACGUGUCGACCACAGAGGUGGAGGGAGUUCUCAGUUCUCUGUUGAAUCAGACGGAUGUGGCCGUGUAUGGAGUCUCUGUACCCGGUGUGGAGGGGAGGGCAGGAAUGGCUGCUAUAGCUCACACCACAGAGGAUUUCCACUGUCAGAGGUUUGUUGGAGAUGUGCAGAAGAAUCUUCCUUCUUACGCCCGUCCCGUCUUCUUACGGCUUUCACCUGAGGUGGACAAAACAGGCACCUUUAAAAUCAAAAAGACUCGCUUGCAGAGGGAAGGAUUCGACCCGAGGCAAACAAGCGACCGGAUCUUGUUCCUGAACAGUCGCGAGGGGCGUUACGAGGCUCUCACAGAGGAACUAUAUAAUGACAUCAUGCAAGGAGAAAUAGCAUUAUGAGACAAAACACCAGCGGACAUAACAGAGUUAUACUGCAACUGAAACUAAGAUUUAUUCAAUAUGAACACCUAACAUGUUUUUUGGGGGGAAAUAGUCACGCACGGUGCUUCAUUCAACAGUACAAUAAAAUAUAGUAUUUACUAUAGUACAGUAUGUUAUAUAGUCAUUAUAUUACAAUUACUGCAGUGUACUAAAGUAUUCUUUAGUAUUAUAAAAUUGAAUAUACUGUUGUAUAUUAUGGAUAAAAGUAUUUAAUUAAAUUCACAAAUAAA